AUGAGGACCCAUGCGAUGGACUUCUACGCUGACCUCUUUGGGGCAGAACAGUGCAGCAUGGUGUGCCGCGAGGAGCUCCUGGAGGGGCUUCCUCAGCUCAUCCUAGGAGAGAAAGCUGCUCUGGACUCUGAGCUGACUCUGGACGAGUUGACAGCCGCUGUCAAUCAGAUGGCAUCAGGACGGGAACCAGGGAUUGAUGACCGCUCCAUGAAGAACCUGGCUCUCCUCAUGGAGCACUACGGGGCCAGCAUGAAGGACUUCCAGAGCCAGGAGACAGAGCCCUCUUCCUCCUCCUCCUCCUCCUCCUCCUCUCAGCAUCUUCCUAAAGGUCCAGCUCUGAACGCCACGGCCCCUAAAAAGAUGAUGGGGGAGAGCUCCAUGUCCCACACUCCCCGGGAGAAUACCCCCAACAAGGACUUAGUGCCCGGCUCCGCCCCCUCGCGGCCCGCCCACUCUGAGACCCAGGAGGACACGCCCCCCGGUGGCUCUGCCAAUCAGGAGAGAGAGGGAGACAAGAAGGCCAAAACCGCAGAGACGUACGGCUACAUCGUGACCAAUCAGAGCCUCAGGCUUCAGGACGGGGUUCUCUUGCUGGGCCGUCUAGCGGAGAGGAUUGACCUCUCCCCCGGCGCCCUCGUCAACAUCAGUGUGGUCGGACCAGCGAUGACCUUCAGAGUCCGGCCCAAUGCCCAGAACCUCAGCGCUGAAGACGUCUCCGGGAAAGCAGUCGCUGAGAAGAGCUUCCUGGAGUCGGGCACCGGGCUGGAGAUCCUACAGGCCGGCGUCGGAGAGAAGCAGGAGGGUCCGGCUCCCCUCCAGGCCCAGCGGCUCCCGCCCGGAGGGUCCCGCUGGGGGUUUGGGAUCCUGGUGGUCACCAGCUGCGUGGGGGCGGUCCUCGCGGCUGCCAUGGCGAUCACCUGUCUGAGACGCCACGCCCACCGGCUCGCCGCCAGGAAGCUGGGGCUCGGACCGGAGGGGGGGUCCUUCACCCACCAGGAGUACCAGGACCUGUGCCGGCAGCACAUGGCCUCCAGGGGGGCCUUCGGGCGCCUGGAGGCGGCGGCUCUGGGGGCGGCGGCGGGCCCCGGGGGAGGCGGUGCCGGGCGGGGCCCCGGGGUCGGGGGAGGGGCCACGGCGGGGGUCGGGGGCGGGGCCGACGGGUCGCGGGUCAGCAGCGUGUCGUCCCAGUUCAGCGAGGGGGCGGCGCCCAGCCCGGGCUCCCACAGCUCCACCCCCUCCUGGUGCGAGGAGCCGGCGCAGGCCAACAUGGACAUCUCUACUGGUCACAUGGUCCUGGCCUACAUGGAGGACCACCUGAGGAACAAGGACCGCCUCCUGCAGGAGUGGGAGGCGCUCUGCUCCUACCAGGCGGAGCCUAGUGCCGUCAGCUCCGCCCACAGCCCCGCCCAUCUCAAGAAGAACCGCAGCCCUGACUUUGUGCCCUAUGAUCACUCCAGGGUGAAGCUCCGGGCUGAGGUCAACCCCUCCCGGGACGACUACAUCAAUGCCAGCACCAUAAUCGAGCACGACCCCCGGAUGCCGGCCUACAUUGCGACGCAGGGGCCACUGUCUCACACCAUCUCUGACUUCUGGCAGAUGGUGUGGGAGAACGGCUGUACAGUCAUCGUGAUGUUGACUGCUCUGGUGGAGGACGGAGAGAAGCAGUGUGACCGCUACUGGCCCGACGAAGGCUCGUCCCUCUACCACAUCUACGAGGUUAACCUCGUGUCGGAGCACAUCUGGUGUAACGACUUCCUGGUACGGAGCUUCUACCUGAAGAACGUCCAGACGCAGGAGACCCGGACCCUGACCCAGUUCCACUUCCUGAGCUGGCCCACCACCGGGAUCCCCAGUGCCACGCGGCCCCUGCUGGACUUCAGGAGGAAGGUGAAUAAAUGCUACAGAGGAAGAUCCUGUCCCAUCAUCGUCCACUGCAGCGACGGGACUGGGCGUUCUGGGACAUACAUCCUGAUUGACAUGGUCCUGAACCGCAUGGCCAAAGGCGGUAAGGAGAUCGACAUUGCGGCGACUCUGGAGCACGUCAGAGACCAGAGGCCGGGGAUGGUGAGGACCAAGGACCAGUUUGAGUUUGCGCUGACGGCUGUGGCGGAGGAGGUCAACGCCAUCCUGAAGGCCCUCCCCCAGUGA